AUGCUUGCAGCUAUCGGAGUUGCCAACGAUGUUGCUCCGUAUCCGUGGUUCCACCAAUUUCGCAACCGAAAUGACUGCACUCCCCUAAUGGAAGCUUGGGCAGCGAGGAACGUACGUAGCGUGAAAUGUCUUUUGGAUCUGGGAGCUGAUGUUGUUUGUAUGUUGCUGGAGCAUAAAUGCAAUCUGGACUUGAGAAACGAAAACGGUCAUUGUGCUUUGAUGGAAGCAACAAGUGCAGGUCAUCUGAACAUUGUGAAACUUCUGAUCCAGUCUGGUGCUAAGGCUGUUUUUGUAAAUAUGAACAGGAAUUCAAGGCUAGAUCAGUUCUUUUAG